AUGUGUGCCAAAUUGGUACUCGGUCGACAGAGAUAUGACAGUUCAAAAGAUGCUUUGUAUAAACUUCACUGGCUUCCAAAAGGUGCUAAACAAUCGUUACCUAUAACGUUGCGUGUUAUUAUUCUUAAAUUAUACCCGCUGAAUUUCUUCGAAGGAACAAACGAAAAUCGUUUUGAAACUGCACAAUACAUAACGCAAUAUCAGUUACCAAUCUUUGAAAAUGUCAUGCCCAACGAACGCAUUCCACGCACAGAGGAACGAAGUAAAAGAAGUAAGAGUAAAUAUCAAACCUCAGCAAGAAGUUCAGCUCCUGGCAAUAACAAUAUGCCUUUGUAUAUUAUUAAUCUGAAAAUAUGUCAACUAUAUAUACAGGAUACGACGCACACACAUAAUUGCAAUGAUCUGCACAUCUGCAAAUUUUUCCUCAUUGCACUUUGUAAAUUAGAAAAAGGAUGCCCAUUUUCCCAUAACCUCCGAGAAAGGCACAAUUACAAGGUUUUAAAAAGCAAACAGAUUCAUACGCUUCCAGACAGCGAUGUUUUGAACUUAUGUCGAAACCUCUUCAACCGUAAUUGGACCACCCUUCCAAUUGUAUGCAAAUUUUAUAACAACGAAGGGAAUUGCAAAUACCGAAACUGUCAACACUUACACGUUUGCAAAUAUUAUGUCGACGGUAAAUGCAAAUUUGAUCAGAGAUGCAAACGAAACCACUCGCUUGGAAGUGACAAACAGACGAGGAAGGUUUUUGAAAAUUACGGCAUUGAUACGAUACGUAUAGCCGAAGAGAGAUUAAUGACAGCUCUGCGUGAUGCUGUGGACAAAAGACAGGUGUAUGAAGAUGAAACUGCUGGACCAAGAAGACAGAAUAGACAACAAAAACAUUAAUAAAAAGACAACCACUACCACAUUAACAACAAUUGCCGAAAUGUUUGCGGCGCCUGUGAUAUAUUUUCAACCAUCGGCACCACCAAACACCGCCACCCUUACCAUAUUUUUAGAUUUAAGUCGAUUUUAAUGAAUGGCUAAAAUAAGGAAAAUACAAUUUUGGAUAUGUUGUUCUUACUAUUAGUUGAAAUACAAAUUGUAUUUUGCUAAAUGGACCGUAACAUAAUGGGUAUCCAUUACGUUACGAACUGAAUCUUCUUGUUGUAUAUGCAACUUGCCUGUUGUUGUGUUUGGGUUUAAAUAUGUGUCGCAUGCUGUAUUUUACUUAAAUGUUGUGUAAAUAAUACCUGUUUAAAACCCAAUACUUUUCAAUGACUGUUCAAACGCGGUGACCCACAGUGAUAUUCAUUUUGAGUAUGCUUGCUGUGUAUUUGAGUGUUUUGUUUAGUGCAUUAAUUUUGUGUCUAACUGUUAGACCAUUGA